CUCCCUCCCGUUGGGUCCUAGCGCCGGCCCCACUCCGAGUGGCCCGGGCUCUGCCGGUGCUGGGCACCGCCGCCGAAGCUGCGGAGCCUGUGCAAGUCGAACCAGAGGAGGCCCACCCACCAAGGCCAUGGAAGAGGAGGCUACUGAGGCCAAGUCCCCAGGCCCCUGCUACAAGCGCUCUGGACGCCGUUUCAAGUGCCUAUUGUGUACAAAGACGUUUCCAAAUGCUCCCAGGGCGGCGCGCCAUGCUGCUACACAUACGCCUUCCGACUGCCCGGAGGAGGUGAAUGAGGUCCAGCCAAAGGCGGACGCAGAGCCCAAGGCCGAGGAGGCCAGUGGAGACAAGGUGUCUGGCUCAGCCGCCAAGCCCAGGCCCUAUGCCUGCCCACUGUGCCCCAAGGCCUACAAGACGGCUCCUGAGCUCCGCAGCCAUGGGCGCAGUCACACUGGCGAGAAGCCCUUCCCGUGCCCAGAGUGCGGCCGCCGUUUCAUGCAGCCAGUGUGCCUGCGUGUGCACCUGGCCUCCCAUGCUGGUGAGCUGCCCUUCCGAUGUACGCACUGCCCCAAGGCUUAUGGUACGCUCUCUAAACUCAAGAUCCACCAGCGUGGACACACCGGUGAGCGGCCCUACGCCUGCACCGACUGCGGCAAGAGCUUCGCUGAUCCUUCCGUGUUCCGCAAGCAUCGGCGCACCCAUGCGGGCCUGCGGCCCUACAGCUGCGAGCGCUGUGGCAAGGCCUACGCUGAGCUCAAGGACUUACGAAACCACGAGCGGUCCCACACGGGUGAGCGCCCCUUCCUCUGCUCUGAGUGUGGUAAAAGCUUCUCCCGAUCCUCUUCCCUCACGUGCCACCAGCGUAUCCACGCAGCCCAGAAACCCUAUCGCUGCCCGGCUUGUGGCAAAGGCUUCACGCAGCUCAGCUCCUACCAAAGCCACGAGCGCACGCACUCGGGCGAGAAGCCCUUCCUGUGCCCUCGCUGUGGCCGCAUGUUCUCUGACCCGUCGAGCUUCCGCCGCCACCAGCGGGCACAUGAGGGCGUGAAGCCUUACCGCUGCGAGAAGUGCGGCAAGGACUUCCGGCAGCCGGCCGACCUGGCCAUGCAUCGGCGGGUGCACACGGGCGACCGGCCCUUCAAGUGCCUGCAGUGCGACAAGACUUUCGUGGCUUCCUGGGACCUUAAGCGGCAUGCAUUGGUGCACUCAGGACAGCGGCCGUUCCGCUGCGAGGAGUGUGGGCGGGCCUUUGCCGAGCGAGCUAGCCUCACCAAGCACAGCCGCAUGCACUCGGGCGAGCGCCCUUUCCACUGUAAUGCCUGUGGGAAAUCCUUUGUGGUGUUAUCCAGCCUCAGGAAGCACGAGCGUACCCACAGAAGCAGUGAGACAACAGGAGCUGCCCCCCAGCAGGAGCUGGUACUAGGGCUGGCGCUGCCCGUGGGUGUCGUGGGGGAGGGCUCGGCUGCCCCUGUGGCCGGUGCAGGGUUAGGGGACCCUCCGGCAGGGCUGCUAGGGUUACCCCCGGAGUCCGGUGGUGUAGUGGCCACACAGUGGCAAGUGGUGGGCAUGACGGUAGAGCAUGUGGAGUGCCAAGAGGCUGGCAUUGGGGAAGCUGCUGGUACCCUGGGAGAUGCGGGAGAGAGGUGGGGGGGUGAGGAGGCCGAUGAGAAGCCCCCACAGUUUGUGUGCCGUGAGUGUAAAGAAACUUUCUCCACACUGACCUUGCUCCGCAGGCACGAGCGCUCGCACCCGGAGCUCCGGCCCUUUCCCUGCACGCAGUGUGGGAAGAGCUUCUCAGACAGGGCGGGGCUCCGUAAACACAGCCGCACCCACAGUUCUGUACGCCCCUACUCCUGUCCCCAGUGCCCCAAAGCUUUCUUGAGUGCCAGCGACCUGCGCAAACAUGAACGCACUCACCCUGUGCCCAUUGGGACCCCCAUACCCCUGGAGCCUCUUGUGGCUUUGCUAGGAAUGCCAGAGGAAGGGUCAGCUUGAAGGUCAUAGCUCUCUCCACCCCACUCCCAGGUGCCCAUUUCCAGCCUCCAGAGCCCUGCCGCUGGGCAUCUAGCUCAGUCCACUAAGAGCUGGGGACAGUGGAGGCUGGUAGCACUUGUGAGAGACACUCAUUAAAGCGUUGGCUUUGACACCAAGCCGUCUUCUGUACUCUGGUUAGCCUGAUCCAGAACUCACUAUAUAGCCCAGGCUCACUUUGACCUCAAUCAAUCCCCCUGUCUCAGCCUCUCAAGUACUAGGAUCACAGGUGUUUACCACCACAAGUUGCUCCUAGAAGGGUCUUGAAAUUCAUUGUUUGCCAAAGUAUAUUUUGGGUUUCUUGUGAAAGAGCUUUCAGUGGCCGAGUCAGGACAGAAGGUAUCUGUGCCUCUGAGAAUUCUUGGUGAUUAAAAGGUGUUUUGAAGCAUUAGUCCUGCAGUGAACACACCUGUGUAGCUUUGUUUAGCCCACACUCAUGAUCGUGAAACCUUUACUAAGUACUUCUAUCUUUUUAUGGAUAGUAAGCUGGGCUUAAACGAUCUUUUCUCAGGGCUGGAGAAAUGGCUCCGUUUUUAAAGGCUAAGGCUUACAAUAAAAAAGUACCCAGCUUGUCUCUCCAACUACUUUUAAAAAAAAUUUCCCCCCCCUCAGGUGUGAGAUAACUAAAAAAAGAUUAUCUUUUCUGUUUAUCACAGUAACAAAUUAGGAGACUAGGUUGGAGGAAAAGAGAUCCCUCUUCACAUGAAAACCCAUGAACUACAAAGGAAGUUAACCUCAUUUCAAAAGUGCUGUCUGGACAUGGCGGUACACAUCUAUCUUUACUCCCAGCACUCAGGAGGCAGAGGCAGGCAGGUCUCUGAGGCCAGCCUGGUCUACAUAGUGUUUUUCAGGACAGCCAGGACUACAUAGAGAAACCCUGUCUCAAAAAAAGGCUAAGACAAGCUAAGACUAUAUGAAAAAAAUCAUAUAUAUGGCCUAAGCAGCGGGGACAUACUAUGUACCUGAAUGGAUGGGGUUGUUAUUAAAAGAUGUUAAUAGGCUCCACCACGCAGAGGCAAGGGCAUCUCUGUGAGUUCAAGGCCAGCUUGGUCUCCACCAGGAGUUCCAGGCAGCCAGGGCCACACAGUGACACACACACAGAAAGUUGACAACAGGAGUUUUUAUCUUGGUGGUGGAGCACUUACCUGCUCUGUGAGGUCCUGGGUUCUGUCUACACCAUUAGGUGGAAAAAGUUGACUUUCCCAAUUGAAUCUUUAAAUUCAUUGCCUGUGCAGUUUGGCUAGCAUUAAAUUGACAGUGUAGCCCAAGCUGACCUCAGACUGGUACUUCCGAUGUAGCUACCCAAGCAUGUGCCCAUCACCCCAUCUACCUUUCACUUGUAGGAGAAACAGCAAAACCGGCUUUCCCCCUCCGGUCUUUGCUACCAUUUCUUUGACUUCGUGCUGCCAGCUGGUCAGCGCAGUGAAACCAGCUUGGGGGCAGAUUAUUUUGCCGUUUCCCCAGAGUUAAUGGAAUUUGUAUCAAACCUGGGGCUGGUCACUGUGCACACUCUGUAACCGGCCUGUGAAGUUCACAACAAUCUCCCAGUGCCGUGAUCAUCAGGGUUUUCAAGUUUUCAAUAUGGCUGUCACAACUAGGAAAUGGAAGAUGACUUUGGCACAUGGCUUGCUGCUGGCCUGAUAUUUGCCUGUAUUUGGCAUUAUUGACGGUUUUGAAAGCAUCCAACAGCACAUUAAUUGUGCCGUUAUGGUGUAUAGAAAGAGCCUGAAGGAUUUUUUUUUUUUUUUUUGAGACAGGGUUUCUCUGUGUAGUUUUGGUUCUUGCCCUGGAUCUCGCUCAGUAGACCAGGCUGGCCUCGAACUCACAGAGACCCACCUGGCUCUGCUUCCUGAGUGCUGGGAUUAAAGGCAUGCGCCACCACCGCCCAGCCCCAAAGGAUUUUUAAAUCCAAUCUGAAAAUCCAAAGCUCAUAUGGAACAUAAUAAGUACUUGCUCUACCACUGAGCUACACCUCUAGCCCAUGAUACUUAAAAGAAAAAAGAGAGAGGGGGGUGUGAUGUGUUUGAUACUAUAAACCAAAGCAUUAGAAUAAAAAAUACAUGAUUGGUACAAAAAUAAAAGUCAACCAGAAGAGUAAGAGAGGGUCCAGAGACAGCCUUGAGUGUAUCUGUGAACUUACUAGUAUUUGUCUGAAGUUUUGCGGUACUGAUGAUUGAACCAGAGCCGCCAGCAGGCUGGACAAACCCUUUAUCACCGAGCAGCUGCCUCUAGCCCUUGAUCAUUGGUAUCUUGAGACAGACUCACUAAGUUGACGAGACUUCAGCCUGCUGAGUAAUUGCAACAGACUUGUACCACGAAGCCCGACACAUUUCACUUACCAUUCAUUCCUUUGUUGUAUUUGCUUUGCUUUGCCUUUUUGAGACAGUCUUGCUGUAUAGUCCAGACUGGCCCUUGAUCUUAUGAUGUUUUCAUUCAGCAUCUAAAGUGCUGGGGUUACUACCAAUUUUGGUGAAUUUUUUUUUUUUUUUUUAAUGACAAAUGUGAUUGUUCACAUCACUGGGGAAAAGAUAGACUAGUAUAUAGCAUUCCUUGACAGAUGUCUAGAUGAGCCGUGAAUUUUAUCUUCAUCAGCACAUGGGCAUACAUGCAUACAUAAACACACACAGGGAAGGUACCCAGAAAAUGAGUUAUCCAGGGGUAGCCCAUAUGCCUAUAAACCUAGCACUUGGAAGGUAGAAGCAGAAGAUCAAGAUUUAAAGGCCAGCCUUGGCUACAUGGCAGAUUUGAAAGGGGUCUAAAGUGAAAUGAGACUGUUUCAAAACAAUAACAAAACAAACAAACAAAACCACCUGUUACACAGAGAAACACUGUCUUAAAAAAAAAAAACAAGGUGAGGAUAAGAUUUGCAGACAGAAUUGUGGAGUGUGGCAGGGCAGAAGCCAUUAGUAUGCUCCCCUUUAGGGUCAAGUUAUAUAAGUCUGCAAUUUUUCACAGAAAACUUCUUUUUAAAAAAUUUACAUUUAGCUGGACAGUGGUGGCACUCGACUUUAAUCCCAGCACUCGGGAGGCAGAGGCAGGGAUCUCUAUGAGUUCGAGCCAGCCUGGUCUACAGAGGGAAUUCCAGGACAGCCAGGGCUACACAGAGAAACCCUGUCUCAAAAAAAAGAAAAAAUUGCAUUUAUACUUGUUUUGUGUGUGUGCAUGUGUAUGUAUGUGGCUACAUGUGUGCCAUGGUGCAUGUAUGCAUUCAGAGGACAGCCGGGGGGUCAGUUCUCUUCUUUCGCCAUUUGGGACCUAGGGAUGGGACUCAGGUUGUCAGGAUUGACAGCAAGCACCCUUGCCUGCCUAGCAGGCUGCUGAAGAAGAUUCUUAGGUCAUACAUUAUAACCACUAGGGCCUCCAUUUCCAUUGGUAGCUGUAGCAAAGCCAAAGGCCAAAGUGAGCUAAAACUCCCUUCCUAAGCUCUAUUUUCUUUUCCUCCUUUUUUGAGAAAGAGUCUUACUAUAGGAAAACUUUUUUUUUUUUUUUUUUUUUUAAAGACAGUGUCUCCCUGUGUUAGCCCAGACUAGCCUUGAACUUGAGGUGAUUCUCCUGCCUCAGCCUCCUGAGUGCUGAGGUUAUAACCAUGCACCACCACACUGGGAUUCUGUGCUCUUGUUGUAAGAGUUGAGGACCACCACGUUGGCGAUGUGGGAAGUAACCAGGAUACAGUUCAUGUGUUAGUCAUUGGGGACAUUGCAGCAAGCAGCUGUAGUUCAGAAAUGGUAAACCAGGGAGUGAGCCCCAGGAGAAACAGCAGUCUCAAUGGCAGAAAGCAGAGGCAUGCCCAGGUUCUCAGUAUUUAUAGGGAAAUCUUUUGGAUUUGUGAGAUGGUUCAGCCAGUAAAAUGUAUUUGCCACCAACCUUGACAACCCAAGUUCAAUAGUCAAGACCUGCAUGAUGGAAGAGAGAACUGAUCUUAGACGUUCUGACCUCUAACAAGCGAUGUGGUACACACACGCGUGCGCGCGCGCGCGCGCACACACACACACACACACACACACACACACACACACACACCCCUAAACUAAAUGGAGGGGGUUCUUUAGAGUUGAGAGUGUAUGUAGUUCAGUGGUAGAGCAUUUGCUUAGCUCUUAAUGAGGACUUUGGUAUCAUAAAAAUAAGUUAGGUGGCCGUGAGGGGAGCGGGGGUCAUGGGUCUUUAAUGCCAGUACUUGGGAGGCAGAAGCAGGUGGACAGCGAGAUGACUCAUAGAGUAAAAGCACUUGCCACCGAGGCUGAUGACCUGAGUUCCAUCACCAGAACCUACAUUGUCAAAGCAGAGCAUUCACUACAGAAAGUCACCCUCUUGACCUUCCAUGUGCCCUGGCACAAAUGCACAGACACACAUGACCGCAUACACACAUGAACACACACAAAACAGUCAUAAAGUUUAUAGUUUAUUACAAAUUUCCUGUUUUUAAUUUUUAUUUUAAUUAUGUUUGGAUGUGGGUUAUAUGCAUGUCAGAGCAGGUGUUCACAGAGGGUGUCAGAUCCCCUGGAGCUGGAAUGCUAAGCAAUCGUGAGCCCCCAAUAUGGCAGCAAGUUCUUAAGAGUGGAGCCAUUCCUUCCUCCAGCCACCACAAAUGUAUUUUCACAAGCUAUGUAUGUUGUUAUAGCUAGAAACCCUUAGACUUACGAUACCUGGCCCACUUUGAGUAAUUUCUGUAAAUGGAUUGAGGCAGGUGAUUCACCUUCAUUCUUUUGCCUAUGAAUUCUCAGUUGUUUCAGAAGCAUCUGUUGAAAAGCCCUUUCUUUGUCUAUUGAAUUGUCUUGGCCUUCUUAAAAAAAAAUAAACUAACUGUAAAUAUGA